UCUCCGAUUCCAAGCGGAAGGGUCCCUCUCUCCGUCUCCGUCUCCGUCUCGGCAUGGCAUCGAUGUUCCCCCAGUUGGGAGCAACGGCGGAGAGCUUCAGCAAGGCGUCUUCGCUGGUUCUCCGGAUCGGCACCGAUGCCCACCUCUACGACGACCCUGACGAUGCCAGCAUCGCCCCCUUGCUCGACAGCCGCUUCGACUCCGACAAGUCCGAGGCCCUCAAACGCCUCCUAGCCCUCAUAGCUCAGGGCGCCGAUGUCUCCCACUUCUUCCCCCAGGUCGUGAAGAACGUCGCUUCUCCAUCACUCGAAGUCAAGAAGCUCGUCUACCUUUAUCUGCUCCAUUACGCUGAGAAGCGACCGAACGAAGCGUUGCUUUCAAUCAACUGUUUUCAGAAGGACCUCUCAGAUACGAACCCUUUGGUGCGUGCCUGGGCUUUGCGUACCAUGGCUGGUAUUCGGUUGCACGUUGUCGCUCCUCUGGUUUUGGUAGCUGUUGGCAAGUGCGCCAGAGAUCCCUCCGCAUAUGUGAGGAAAUGUGCUGCUAGUGCGCUACCUAAGUUAUCUGAUUUGCGCCACGAGGAGAAUGCUUCUGCUCUUGAGGAGCUCGUGGGUGUUCUGCUGAGUGACCAUUCCCCUGUGGUGGUUGGAGCUGCUGCCGCUGCGUUUAAUUCUGUUUGCCCUAAUAAUCUGUUGUUAAUUGGAAAAAAUUUUAGAAGAUUGUGCGAGGCCCUGCUUGAUGUGGAGGAGUGGGGGCAGGUUGUCUUGAUUGACAAUCUUCUGAGAUAUGUAGUUGCUAGACAUGGACUUGUCAGUGAGUCGAUUAUGUUUGCUUCAGGCUCUACUGUGAGUUCUGAAUCCGAAAAGGACUCUUGCAGUGAUUCUCUGGAGUGUGAUGACAAUCAUGUCUCUGCGGCAUCUGAUGCCAAGCUAAAUGCAUUGAUGUUUAAGUGCUACAUGGAAGGACAAGAAGAGUUUUUAUCACAGCCUGGUUUAUUAAACGGGGAUGGUGAUCAGUCUGAGAAGGCUGUGUCUACUUCAUGCAAGAAUGAGGAUGUAAAGCUUUUGUUGCAGUGCACAUCACCGUUGUUGUGGAGUCAAAACAGUGCUGUUGUUCUUGCAGCUGCUGGUGUGCAUUGGAUUAUGGCGCCCCGGGAUGAUGUUGACAGAAUUGUUAAACCACUUUUGUUUCUUUUAAGAUCAUCGUAUACUUCAAAAUAUGUUAUUCUCUGCAACAUACAAACUUUUGCCAAAGUGCUUCCAGCAAUUUUUGCACCAUAUUUUGAAGACUUCUUCAUUUGUAGCUCAGAUCCCUAUCAUGCGAGGGCUCUGAAACUUGACAUACUGUCCACCAUUGCUACAGAUUCGUCAGCUCCAAUUAUUUUUGAGGAAUUCCAGGAUUACAUUGUGGAUCCAGAUAGGCAAUUUGUUGCUGAUACAGUUGCUGCAAUUGGGUUAUGCACACAAAGACUUCCUUCUAUGGCUAACAGUUGCCUGGAAGGUCUUUUAGCUCUAAUUGUACAAGAAUCUUCUAUCUGUAAUGGUGAUAAUAUGAAUCAAGAAGCAGUUAUAGUGGUUCAAGCCAUCAUGUCCAUAAAAGCUAUCAUAAAGCUAGACCCAGCUACUCAUGAGAAGGUCAUUGUCCGGUUAGUUCGCCUUUUGGAUGCAAUCAAGGAGGCUGUGGCUCGUGCAUUAAUUGUGUGGAUAGUGGGAGAGUACAACUCUGUUGGAGAGAUUAUUCCUAAAGCAAUCCCGACUGUACUCAGCUAUCUGGCUGGGAGCUUUAUCUCAGAAGAGGUUGAAACAAAGCUCCAGAUCCUGAAUACUGCUGCUAAGAUUGCAAUAAGUGGUCACAAAGGGAAGCAGAUGUUCAGAAAGAAUUUAAGCUAUGUUCUUGAAUUGGCAAAAUAUGAUAUGAAUUAUGACAUUCGAGAUCGUGCUCGCAUUAUAGAGAAGUUGGUGGAAUGCUAUAUCUCUCCAGACGAUGAUGAUGGUAAUAUUGGCUCAACACCUAAUAAUGGCAUAAUCCAUGAAUUUGUAGAAGAAAUACUCAGUGGAAAGUUGCAGACAACCUAUCCUUCAGUUAAUAAUUCACGGUUUUAUCUUCCUGGAUCUCUUUCGCAAACAGUCCUCCAUACGGCUCCUGGUUAUGGUCCCCUUCCAAAGCCAUGCAGCCUACUUGAUAGCCACCAUCAUCUUUGUUCAGAAAUGUCUAAUGAGACAAGAGUACUGGAUAUGAGAAUGGGUAAAACUGCAUUAUCGUCAUCUGGAACUUCAGUUGAAGAAAAUGAUUCAGAUUAUGAUUCUGAAAAUUCAUAUGUAAGCUCAAAUGCUAGUGAGGGGAUUGCUAGCAAGUCAGAUGGCUCUAAUGAUGACAGCGAAAGCACUUUAUCUGGUCAACGUGACCCUCCAAAUGAAACUGAAGCCCCUCUAGUUCAUAUUUCUGAUAUUGGAGUUAAAGAUAAUCCUAAUGCUUUGGCAAAUACUAGCGCGUCUUGCUCUACUGAUUUAACUGAGUUAAUGUCUAAGUCAGCUCUAGAAUCAUGGCUUGAUGAGCAACCCGGCUCAUCAUCUGCACAGCAGAAUUCCUUCAACCUAGCGUCUGCCAGAAUCUCAAUAAAUGAUCUUCAUUAUAUUGUGAAACCAAAAUUGCGGGCACUGCUAGAUCCAGUAAAUGGGAAUGGUUUGAAACUGGAUUAUGUGUUUGCAUCUGAGGUUUCAUCUCUUUCCCCUUUUCUGGUCUGCAUCGAAGUACAUUUUGAAAAUUGUUCUGCAGAAUCCUUGAAGGGAAUAUCUGUGAAGGAUGAAGAUUCUGAUGCCAGCAUCGACUCUGCGUGUCAAAUUUCUGAAAAUUCUGAAAGGUUGUCAACUGCUAGGGAUGUACCCACACUUGUACCAAUGGAUGAGAUUUCUUCUCUAGAUCCAGGUGAGACAGUGAAGAGAGUCCUUCAAGUUUGCUUUCAGCAUCACCUGUUACCGCUCAAGCUAGCAGUGCUCUGCAACAACAAAAAGCAUUCAAUCAAAUUAUGGCCUGACAUUGGUUAUUUCAUGAGACCAUUGACCAUGAACAUGGAAGCAUUUCUUCACAAGGAGUCUCAACUUCCAGGGAUGUUUGAGUGUAUGAAAAGAUGCACUUUCAGAGACCAUAUUGAGGAUGUAGAGCAUGAAGGUCAGCACUCUGCUCAUUGUGAUGACAAGUUUCUAGUCGUUGCUCGGUGUCUGGCAUCCAAGGUACUCAGUAACGCAUGCGUUCACCUUGUAAAUGUGGACAUGCCGGUUUCUUCAGAUGCGGACAAUGCAUCAGGUUUAUGCUUGAGAUUCAGCGGCGAAAUACUAAGCAACUCAAAACCAUGUUUAAUAACAGUCACCGCCGACGGCAAAUUAUCUGGACCGUUGGAAAUCUCUGUUAAAGUCAAUUGUGAAGAUCCAAUCUUUGGUCUAAACCUUCUGAACAGGGUAGUUGCAUUUCUACAAUGAGGUGUAUGCAGUGUCUUUUCUGCUCAAGUUUGUACCGCUCUUUAUGUUUGUUUGUAAUUUUGGUUGAAGUUGAUACAGAUUUUCUCAAAUCUUUUGAUUGGUAAAUAAAGAACUGCCCUAUUACUUUUAAAUUCAAAUACACAUACA